GAUGGGCUUUCGUUAAAGACCUGGGCUCAUCAAAUUGUAGUCUCGACUCGCUGGAUGUACAGGAUGGCUCCAUUUUUGUCGUUGAGAUGAAUCACAUUGAGAUCUAUCGCGGUUCAGCGCGGUCCUUGCGUUUCCAGCCCAAUGCGACGCGGUUUGGACGCGGUGCCAACGGCUCCGCGACACCGCUUUAUGUGCGUGUGGGACGGAUCGGUCAAGGACUUGCGCGACAGGUGAUCUCUGCAAGCCAGGUGCUGGCCCUCCAAUACGGAAGCCCUUCGCAAUCAGCCUUGACCUGGCCUUAUGAUUCUACAGUGGACGAUUGCAAGAAAGCCACAACAAUCUUCCAACAGCCGGAGUGGACUUUAGAUGGCUACGUGUGAUCGUCCAGGUGUGUGCUGCUGAUUAAUGAUAUGAAA